AUGAGUGACUACGAAAAGUACCGUUUCAGCGGUGCAAGAGACGUUGAUUUCGAACCUCAACACGCUCUUUCUACAUCUCACCCAAGAGAUGUUUCUGACGGCCCUCCUACUGGUUAUGAUCACGUGCCAUCUACUGACCUUCGAUAUCCAGAGCACGACGUCUUCGGCAAUGAAGAAAAUGCCACCAUCAAGUACAAAACAUUGUCAUGGCCGCUCGUUGCCGUUCUCAUGAUCGCCGAGAUUGUCAGCAACGGCAUGCUGUCUCUGCCUGCUGCUACAGCUGUGGUCGGCAUUGUGCCAGGAGUGAUCUUGAUAGCUUUCCUCGGCAUCUUCGCCCUGUACACAUCUCUCGUCCUCGUCGACUUCAAGAUGAACCACCCUGAGGUCCACAACAUGGGUGACGCCGGCAGAAUUCUAGGCGGCCCGAUUGUGCGAGAAAUCCUGUCCGCUGGCACCGUCAUCUUCGCCAUCUGCGCCACAGGAUCACAGCUGCUAGCAGGACAGAUCACCCUGGGAGUCCUCUCGGAGAGCAAGCUCUGCCUGAUGUGGUACACCGGCAUCUUCGCGAUCCCGACACUGCUACUCUCCUUCCCACGGACCCUCGACCAGCUCUCCUGGCUCUGCAUCCCAUCGUGCAUCUGCAUCCUCGUCGCUGGCCUGGUCGGCAUGGGCGCCGCGGGCGCCAACCCAGCACCCGACCGGCACAUCGAUAUCACCCGCUCAGCAAGCUUCUAUGACGCAUUCGUCUCGAUCACCAACCCGGUCUUCUCCUACGCUGGCCACUUUAUGUUCUUCAUCCUCAUCUCAGAGAUGAAGCACCCCGGCGACGCGAAAAAGGCAGCGUGGGUGCUCCAAAUCUUCGCGACGACCUUCUACAUCGUCUUCGCCAUCGUCAUGUACGUCUACCUGGGGCCCAGCGUUGCAUCGCCCGCCUUCUCGUCCUUGCCCCCGAAAUGGGCCAAGGCCACCUACGGCAUCGCCCUGCCCAACUUCCUGAUCGCGGGGAGCCUGUACUCGCACACGGCCGCCAAACUCUUCUUCAUCCGCCUAUUCCGCCGCACGCGCCACCUGCACGAGCACACCGUGCUGGGCUGGGGCACCUGGACGCUGCUGAUUGUCCUCGCCAACGGCGCGGCGUUCGUGCUCGCCGUGGGCGUCCCGAUCUUCGCGUACCUAGUCUCUAUCGCGGCCUCGCUCUUUGCCAGUUGGUACACGUACGGCAUUGCGGGUGCCUUCUGGCUGCACGACAGCUACUACGGCAUGGACCGCGGCCGCUCGAGAGGCAUCCACGGACUGGCCGCUUGGAUCCGCAGCCCCGCGAAGACCGUCGUCAAUAUCCUGACUUUCCUGGCCGGCGCCUUCAUCUGCGUCGCCGGCACCUACGUCUCCAUCAAGCUGAUCAUCGAUGCUUACGACAGUGGCUCCGUCGGCGAGCCUUUCGCCUGCUGA